UCGGAUGUCGGGAACAACAAUAACCUAUCGAAGAGUCUUGCUCAGGCCAGCCUCCCGUGGUACGGCAUCGACUUCUGUAAUGGAUUGCCUAAUGGAAGGUUCUCUAAUGGCCCGGACCGUUGCCCGAUAUUAUAGGUUAGUGAUGACAUGGGACUUCCAAGGCCUCCGGCAUUCCUCGAUCCAACGCUAAACGAAGACGUUAUACUCGAAAAUGGAGUGAAUUACGCCUCCGGAGGUGGCGGGAUCUUGAACGAAACAGGAUCAUUUUUCGUCCAAAGAUUUAGCUUGUACAAACAAAUAGAGUUGUUUAAGGGGACACAAGAUCUUAUAAGAACCAAAAUUGGAGAUGACGAAGCUGAUAAGUUCUUCAAGAAAGCUCGAUAUGUCGUCGCCCUUGGAAGCAAUGACUUCAUUAACAACUAUUUAAUGCCCAUUUAUAGAGAUUCGUGGACUUACUCGGACAAAAGUUUCGUUCAAUAUUUAAUGGGAACUCUUCGGGACCAACUCACUGUGCUACACGGUUUAGGCGUAAGAGAGCUAAUGGUGUUCGGUUUAGGGCCGAUGGGGUGCAUCCCUCUUCAGAGAGUUUUGAGUUCAUCAGGCGAUUGUCAGGACAGGACUAACAAACUUGCCCUAAGCUUCAAUCAAGAAUCUAACAAACUCGUGACUGAAUUAUCGAGCCGCCUCCCCAACGCAACCUUCCGAUUCGGAGACGCUUACGAUGUUGUCAACGAUUUGAUCACCAAUCCGAACAAAUAUGGGUUUAGCAACUCGGAUUCACCGUGCUGCUCGUUUGGGAAGAUACGACCGGCUCUAACGUGUGUUCCAGCUUCGAUAUUGUGUAAAGAUAGAAGCAAGUAUGUGUUUUGGGAUGAAUAUCAUCCAUCUGACAAUGCUAAUCAGCUCAUUGCUAAUGAGCUGAUUAAAAAGCUUGGGUUUAAGCCUAUUAAUCAAACAGAAUAUUCCUCUUCCCCUGCACCAGCAAUUGCUCCAACUGCUAAUUAACGGUGAUUAAAAUUUAAGCAAGACCUAAUUUUCUCGAACGAUCCUUUUUUUUCAAAUCGAUAAUUCAGUGUUUCUUGAGGUUUAUUAAUUACCAUGUGAAAAUUCCCUUUUAUUUAUUUACUGAGAUUUUGUUCUAUAAAAUGUCAUGUGUUGUUUAGUUUAUUACAUGUGUUAUAUUUUGCUAAUUAUAGAAGUGGGACU